CUCCGAUGCGUGCCCCAUCAUUGAAAGAAACAACAAUCACUGGUGCGAAAUAGCUAAUAAUUAAGAGACGAUACAGGCGCUAACACACAUGGAGAUGAAAAAUCCAUUGGCAGUAGGGCUGUUGGCUCUGCUGGUGGCAGCCAUGGCGGUGACGGCGGCGGCGCACGACGACGACGACGUGCCAUUCACCGACGAGGACCUGGAGUCGGAGCAGAGCAUGUGGAAUCUGUACGAUAGGUGGCGCGCCGUGUACGCCUCGUCGUCGUCGCACCUCGGCGGCGACAUCGAGAGCAGGUUCGAGGCGUUCAAGGCGAACGCCAGGUAUGUCAGCGAGUUCAACAAGAAGGAAGGUAUGACCUACGAGCUCGGGCUCAACAAGUUCGCCGACAUGACGCUCGAGGAGUUCGUCGCAAAGUACGCCGGCGCCAAGGUUGACGCCGCCGCCGCCUUGGCUUCCGUUCCGGAGGCCGAGGAGGAGGUGGUCGGCGAUGUCCCUGCCGCUUGGGACUGGAGACAGCACGGAGUUGUCACUCCUGUCAAGGAUCAAGGCUCGUGCGGGAGCUGCUGGGCUUUCUCGUCGGUGGGUGCGGUGGAGAGCGCCUACGCGAUCGCGACGAAGAAGCUGCUCCGGCUGUCGGAGCAGCAGGUGCUGGACUGCUCCGGCGGCGGCGACUGCGGCGGCGGGUACACAUCGACGGUCCUGUCGGAGUUCGCCGUGAAGAAGGGGAUCGCGCUGGACGCGAGCGGCAACCCUCCCUACUACCCGCCCUACCAAGCCAAGAAGCUGGCCUGCCGGACGGUGGCCGGAAAGCCCGUGGUGAAGAUGGACGGCGCGGCGUCGGUUCCGUCGUCCAACGAGGUGGCACUGAAGCAGAGCGUGUACAAGCAGCCCGUCUCUGUGCUCAUUGAGGCCAACAGCAACUUCCAGCUGUACAAACAGGGUGUGUAUAGUGGCCCGUGCGGGACAUCGAUAAACCAUGCCGUGUUGGCGGUGGGAUAUGGCGCGACACCGGACAACACCAAGUACUGGAUCGUUAAGAACUCGUGGGGAACAGGGUGGGGUGAGAUGGGUUACAUCCGGAUGAAGCGUGACAUUGCAGCGAAGUCUGGGCUAUGUGGCAUCGCCCUGUACGGCAUGUACCCCAUCAAGAAAACCGCUGCAAUCUCUAUGGUCGUUGAUGCUGUCGACUCCUACUAAGCUACUUGCUUAAUAAAUUAUCAAGAAAACCUGUGUCCUACGUGUUGAUUACUGGUUACAUAUAUAUAUAUACUAGCAAAAGUGCCCGUGCGUUGCACCGGGUGAUUACAGAGUGUGUA